CAUUCGCCACAUGUCGCCUCGGAACAAACACGGGCGCGUGGGUCGAGUUCUACCUUUAUACCUAUGUGUGUGCUGUUUACCUGUACUUUGUUUGCAUACAUGUGUGACCAGAUAGUGCGCUAGAACGAUCACGACUCCGUGACCCCGCCCCUUAAACAUUCCGACACAUGUGGCGCGAUUCACACAUGGCUCUAUAACAAUGGGACAAAUUUAUUGUGUGGGAUCUGGGACCAUCUGUCCUGUAGGGUGAGAUAGUCACAGAGCUCAGACUCGGGGGUUAGUAAGCUAUGAAGCGGCUAUAGACACAAACUGUCGGGAGUCACGGUGCAUAUAACAACGAAUCUCUCUGUAUAAUAUAACUGUGACAAUCGCCGUACAAUGAGGGGGACUCAGUGUUUAAACAUGCAUAUUACAGGUGAAGAUUUUAUUAGCAGCCCUUCUCUGAUGUCAGGACAAACAGCACAACAUCCGGCCAUGAUAGGGUUAUCUCCCUUGGAACAAGCGGAAGUAGUUCUAACAGGCUACAGAGACUGCGCGGCGGAAGCUUUACGAUACCUCGUGGAAGUAGAGCGGUUUGCCGAGGAUGAUCCUAUAGUGGUAGGACUUCAGAAACAUUUAUACGAGCAGCAACGUGCACUCAAUGUACAAAGAAUUUUGUCAAACUUAGAGAACAAUCCGGACUACUACUCAAGGGUAGACGAUUUUGAUCCCAAUGAUUCGGGUAUUGAGGACACAAAUAUAAGCGGAAAUUAUAGUCACGUGGGUGUUAAUGAGCAGAACCAAAGUGAGACUUCGUUAGAGUCUCAACAGAGUGAUAUAAGUCAUGUGAUUACACCGGAAGUUGAUCGGGACGCAAUUGUCUCGCUUGCGGAGGAAAUUCUGUCUCUUAUUGAACUGGAGCAAUCAUCAAGCAUUGAAGAAGAAGAAGAAGAAAUGGAGGAUGAAAGAGACGAGGAAAUGUCGAACAUCAGUGAUUGAUGUGUGGUUCUAAUGAAGUGUUAUUAUAAUGUGAACCAGCAGCAGUAAAUCUAGACAUAAGUGUUGUGCCAGUCUCAUAGAAUGAAGCUGAACAAUGCAGAAAAGCAACCUUCAGAAAUCAUUCAUUUAUAUUCAGUACACGUGUUAAUUUAUUCAAAUUUUUCGUCAGGGUUUAACAUGUUUAAGCUAGAGCUAUGUUCUGGGUAUGAUUUCAAUAAGGGAACACUAGUUUAUUUUUUAAUUUGUGUUAUAUAUUUUAUUUUAGUUAAAACUGUACUCAAGGACCAUUACUUUAUGUUCGGCUAUAACUUGUAAAAGUUGAGCAAUAGAAAACCACAACAAAACACAAGCAACCAAUAUUUCCCCACAAUACCUUGCAUGCAAUGCUCUCAUGAAUUGCUGUGUGAUUACAGUAUUAAAAUUCUAGAUACGAAUUGGAUACCCACUGUAUUUUGUUUGAUAAGUAAAUGAUAUACCAGGUACUACAAGUUUUACAGAUUUUGUAUUUUUAUGCUUAAUUUUCUAUACAUUGUGUUCAAUAUUUUAUAUUUGCUUUUUGUGUUCAGGUAUUUUAUUUACUGAUGUAUAUUUAUAAUUGUCGCAUCAUGUUUAUUAUAUUUUAUUUGAUAUUUAAAAUUUUCAGUUGUUUUUUGAAAAUUU